UUUGAUGAAAAUCACAGGCAGCCAUCAGCCUUCUUUUUCUCUUCCCUCUCUUGUUUCCCAUGCAUGACUCCCGCCCCAUUUAUUUCCCUUUGCCAUCUUCACUACGAAACUCAACAACCCCGACCGCACCCCUCCAACUAUUUCCUGCCCCUUCUUCUUCUUCUUCCCUCCAUUUUUGUCUCCCAAAAAGCUCUGUCUCCAAUUGAGAAUCAAGAAUUCGAUAGAUGUUGCCGGAAAAAGCAGGGGUCGGGGGUUGCCGGUCCAAAAAUGAUCAGACAAAGCCGACAUCAGAUCAUCAGCAGGCACUCAAAUGUCCUCGUUGCGAUUCGCCCAAUACCAAAUUCUGUUACUACAACAACUAUAGCCUAACUCAGCCUAGGCAUUUCUGCAAGACCUGCCGCAGAUACUGGACUAAGGGUGGGGCGUUGCGCAACGUUCCUGUCGGCGGCGGCUGUCGGAGAAACAAGAAGGUCAAAACAUCAUCGUCGUUUAGGCUUCAGACGUCCAAGGACGACUCCGGUUCGUCCAACCCGGAAGUUGGCCGGUUGGGUUUCUUCGUCAACGGGUUUGCAUCGAGUCAGCUAGGUGGAAAUCAAACCUCCGGGUUCUCCCCUGUUCCGUCGACUGGUCUCUAUGAUCAGUUUGGAGUUUUUUCUCUCGACCAAUCGAGGAGCCCAAAUUCCAUGAAUCCUUCGACCGGAUUCAUUAAUUCCCUGAAUUUGGACACAAGUCUCGCGUCUUCCAUCGAAUCUUUGAGCUCCAUGAAUCAAGACCUCCACUGGAAGCUGCAGCAACAGAGGCUGGCUAUGCUAUUGGGCGGACACAACAGUCCCGCCACUGAUAAAAACAGAGGAGUUUCCUCUCCAAUCCCACUUGAAGAUCACGCCCAAGAACUGAACCCAGGCUCGUUUCGGAAUCUCGAGAUCUCCAAACCAGAUGCUUUCAAUUCUUCCGAUUUCAACAAUGCAAGAAAAGAAACAGUGGUCGGAUCCGGAGGAGAUUCUGCGGCUGCCGAUGAGUGGUUCUUUGGGGAUUCUUAUGCACCCUCCUCAAUCAUGGCAGGCACGGCGGGUGCAGCGGCAGCGGGAUAUAACUCCGGUGACAGCGCUGCGGCGGGGUGCGAUGGUGUUCGAGAGUGGCACGAUUUGCAUCAGUACACCCAUUUACCGUAGACCUGAAGGUAACCCCCCCACGUAAAGAAAUCAAGAGAUUAAUGUCGUGAUAAAAUCAAAUGUGGAUAUUAAAGUGAUGAAUGUAUUGAGAUGAAUUUUCUGGC